AGUCAGUUGGAAAUUAAUACAAUAUUGUUACAGAUUCCGUCGACGCAUGAAUGGCAUAUUCCUCGCCCCUCUUUAUCGAGCAGUAGCGGAUCCGGUAGCAUCAACGAUUCACGAUCUCGUGGCGGCUCCGCCUCCAGCCAAGGCUCUUCUAGCAACCAUAGCACCCACAGCGUUUCGUCGGGUUCAUUGUUACUCAGCGCGGCUCACUUGGCACGCAUGAGUGGACGGAGCAGCAACACUGAGGAGCUGGGUCCAUAUCAUAGCAAGUUUGGCGGCUAUGAACGCAAGUUCGCUCUUCCAGAAGCAGUGGUCGCGAUUCCCGAGGAGCCACACGAUCACAACGAAUCCAUUUGGAGUGGCGUGAAGACGGAAUGCUCGCGCGAUCAAGACGCCACUUCUAUAGCUAGUUCAACUCACUUCACAGUUGUAAAUGGUUAUACGAAGCAAUGUCCGAACAAGGAGAACAAAUCCUGCUGUUGUAAUCACUCGCACCAGAUAACCGUCCUUGUGAUAACGAUGACUAUAUUGUUCUCUGCGUGUAUACUGGCAGCGAUAUGCUUUGUCGAAAUGCGAAUGCGCAAGGAGACCGGCAUGUACAAAUAUUCAUAAGUUUCAAAGAAGACCAAAACUUUGAAGUUUUUACCAGCUUAUUAGUUACUAUUUGGUCGUAGUUUAACAGCAAAUGUUUAGAUAAUUUUGAUACACGAUAUUUUAUUUAAAAAAAAACAUUUCGUAAUAUUGUGAACUAUUAUAUUCUUUCAGAAUUUCAACACGCUGUUUUGUUUUAUAUAAACAAAUACGUAUAUUUCAUGAAUUAGUGCAAUAAAAAUCCAGUUUACUGGAAUUUAGGUAAAUAAAAUUAGAAAAAGCCUAUUAUUUAUUGUAACUUAAAGUUUAGUUGUUUUUUUUUUCAUUAAUUUAAUCUUAGUCUAAACUUUGAUGUACACGGUAUUUUAUUAUUAGUGUAAAUUGUUAGAAGUUUAUUAGUUUAUUCAUAUUGACGAUUAGUCUAAUUGUAUCUCAAAUUCAAGCUAUUUUAAUGUACCACAAUAGUUUUUAAGCAAUAAGUAAUUUUAGUAACGACACUGCAUUUGCAUCAAUGUUCUGAAAAAUAAAAUUUGCAUUUUUUCGUAAAUUUCAUGAAAAACUGCAACUUUGAUGUAAUUUUCGCCAGCGAAUGUAGUAGUUUUAUGUAGUAUUAAUUGAUAUUCAAGUGAACAACGAUUACAAUGAAACACGAAUUUGUUACAUAUUUUGAACUGUGAUAAUGAAACAAAAUAAACUAUUAUUCAAA